UGCCAUGUUCAUAAAUUCAUUACUAGGAUGGUCGCAUAUGAUGAUACAAUACGGUUUUCGCGACUCUUACGACUAGUGUGAAGCAGGCUUUACUAUAAAUCUACGGUAAUUACUAUAUGUUUACGGUAAUUACCAUUCAGGUCAUUGGUUGUAAAAUAUAAUUAAUUUGAGGAGAUUUCCCCAAAUUCCCAUCAUUUUUCCCAUCCAGGUAAUUUAUACUGGUCAGUAGCGGAAACACCAAUGUAAAUAAAUGGCGAGUUUUUUGAAUAUUAGUUCGUAGAAGAAGGCGAGGUUUAAAUAUUUAUCGAAGUCGUUCAAGCAUCAGAUUGGCGAUGUUAGGUGUAAGAUAUUUGCAGUUAACAUUAGCAAUUUUAAAACCAGACUUAAUCUCGCAUCCUGUUCAUCUGAAGCUUGUUAUGGAAAAAAUACUGAAAGAAAAUUUCUUCAUUGUGCAUUGGAAACUAGUGCAAUGGAGUAGAGAAGAUGCCGAACGAUUCUAUCAAGAACACAGAGACAAGUUUUUCUUUCAACGUUUGACAUCUUACAUGAGCAGUGAUUUGAUUAUGCCAAUGGUAAUGGCUAGAGUUGAUGCUAUUCAACAUUGGAGAAAAUUGAUGGGACCUACAAAAGCAACAAUGGCAAAGUUCUCUCAUCCUGACAGCAUUCGUGGAUUAUUUGGUAUCACAGAUACAAGAAAUGCCACUCAUGGUGCAGAUUCUGUGGAAACUGCUAAGAGGGAGAUCGAGUUUUUCUUUCCGGAGUUCAAAUAUGAUGAAUGGUUGGAGAAAAAUGAGGAAAAAAUUCAAAAUGGACAAAUUAUCUAUAAUGAAGUAUCAAAAACACACAAAGUUUUCGAGUGACUUGAUGUUCAAUGUAAAAGAUUAUUUUGUGAUGGUAUUGAUGAUUUUAUGGGGAAAAGUGGAUAUUUUAACAGCAAAUGGAUGACAGAAGAGCUCAAAGUAAACUCAGACUCAGAUAAUAUAAAGACUGUUCUUGUUCUCUGUUGUUCAUUUAUCACCAAUUUGUCUACGGCAGAACCUUCCAGAAAACGACAACUGUCGGCGGACGAUGAUGUUUUGACCACUCAAGAUUGUAGUCAAGGAUCAGAUGCCGAUCAACUGUUGAACCAGCAGACGAGUAAACAGCAAAAUGUUGUAAGUAGCGACUACAAAAAGAGCGCCACAAAUAACGGCAACAAUGAUUAUGAAGGGAACGUCUUUGAACAUAUCGAUCAACACGAAGAUUUUCUGCAGGUGAAAAUUAAAUAGGUUAUGAAUGACGAUGAAAAACU